GAAUUAUAAAUAGAUGAUCUCUGAACGAAAAUUUCAUCAUCAUAACAUCUGUGAUAGUUCAUAGAAACACUAUACAUACAUUGAUUCAAAACCAUGGCUACCCUUAUUGCUCCACCCAACCACUCUCCCCAGGAAGAUGCUGAAUCUCUCAACAAGGCUUUCCAAGGAUGGGGUACUGAUGAAAGGAGCGUGAUAGCAAUAUUGGGUCAUAGAAAUGUUCAUCAGAGGCAGCAAAUCAGAAGAGCUUAUGAAGAGAUCUUCCAUGAAGAUCUUGUUAAGCGCCUCGAAUCGGAGAUCAGAGGAGACUUUGAGAAAGCUGUUUAUCGGUGGAUUCUAGAACCUGCGGAUCGCGAUGCUGUUUUGGCUAAUGUAGCCAUUAGGAAUGGCAUGAACUACCAUAUCAUUGUGGAAAUUUCAUGUGUUCUGUCCCCUGAGGAGCUUUUAGCGGUGAGGCGCGCUUACCUCAACCGUUACAAGCGGUCCUUGGAGGAAGAUGUUGCGGCGCAUACUUCCGGACAUCUUCGCCAGCUUUUGUUGGGGCUAGUGACUGCAUACAGAUACAUUGGUGAUGAGAUCAAUGCAAAACUGGCACAAUCUGAAGCUGAGAUUCUUCAUGAGGCUGUGAAAGAGAAGAAAGGUAGCCAAGAAGAAGCCAUAAGAGUCCUUAGCACAAGGAGCAAGACUCAACUCAUUGCUACUUUCAACCGUUACAGAGAGACCCAUGGCACUUCCAUCACCAAGAAACUGUUGGAUGAAGCUUCCGAUGAGUUUCAGAAGGCUUUGUACACUGCCAUUCGUUGCAUCAAUGAUCAUGUUAAGUACUAUGAGAAGGUGGUGCGCAACGCGAUCAAGAAGGUGGGAACGGACGAGGAUGCACUGACUCGGGUGGUGGUGAGUAGGGCGGAGAAGGAUUUGAAGAUCAUCUCAGAAGUGUAUUACAAAAGAAACAGUGUUCUUCUUGAGCAUGCUGUGGCCAAGGAAACCUCAGGGGACUACAAGCACUUCCUCCUCACUCUCUUGGGCAAACAAGAAUAAAUAAAUAGCUUUUUCUGUGAAUUUGGUUACUGGGAUUAUAUAUUAUGAGUUUUUCUAAGACAUCAAGUGUUCUAUUGGCUUUUUAAUUUGUGUUGGUUUUCAUUGUUGAGUGUUGAGUAUGAUUUUGAUUUUCAGUCUUCUUUUGGAACUUGGAUGUUCUUCUUUUAAUAUUUACUAUGAAUAUGAUAUUAUUAUAAUAAAUUUUAUUUUCAUAUA